ACAUCUGCUGUUGGCGCAGAGCAGCCACAGCGCAACACGAGCUGCCGCUUUCAAACACAGCAAAUGACUGAAACCAAGUUUUCACACAGGAGACAAGAAACUGCCAAAAUUUGUUGUCUCUGCAUCUUUUAAAAUGUCUGUACCGAAGAGCUUUAAGUGAGAUCAUGAAGCCUCAAGAGACAGAGCUCGUCAGUGAAAUCUCCAAGUUACAAUGCAUGGUCUCAGAACUGAAGACGGGUUUCGCCAGCGCUCUCCUGGAGCUCAGCCAGAUCCAGCAUGGAGACACGUUCCUGAGGGAGGAGCUGGAGGACAACAGGAGGAGCUGUCAGAAAAAGACUCUUCAUCUGGAGGCUCUGGUCGAGUCGUUGAGGGAAGAACUUGGUGUGAUGCGGUGUCAGAUCUUGCAGCUGUACAGCAACAGACAGAGACCUCAGCAGGAUGAAAGGAGCUCCACAGCAAAACAGAGGGGAAGCAGUGAUCCAGCAGAGCCGGCCGGUGCACAGAGUCACAGUGACUGUUCGCUUGCUCCACUCGCAUGUGUGUCAAGAGGAAAACUGCUCCUCCACUGUUUCCUGCAGGGCCUCAAAGCAGGACUGAGCGAAGGCACAGAUGCACGACAUCAGGUGGCGAUGCAACUUCUGCAUUCUGAGUGGGAGUAUGUUUCAACCUUAAACCAGCUAUACGACAAAUACAAGACGCUACCAGCUCAUCCAGUGACUGUGGAGCCAUAUCAGACAUACCUGAUGUUUGUGGAGCAGCUGUUACAGCGACACCUGCUCUUCAGAAACUCCCUGCAGGAGCGACUGUCUGCUGAACACUGGAAGUCUCUGGUUGGAGACAUUCUGGUGCAGCUCAUUGGUCAAAACGAUACAGCAUUUUCAGAUACAUACCUUGGAUACAUGACUACCCUGGCAUCAGUCCUCUCACUGGAGUUCAGCAGACUGAACCAUCCUGAAAAAGGCCACAAAAUGCAGAGUGGCCAGAUGGAGAGAGAUGAGAUGAAACUGCUCUCCCUGCUGCUGGCACCUGUCUCUCGUAUACACAGCUACCUGAGUCACAUUCAGAACCUACUGCAGUGGACUGGUAAAGAGCAUCCUGACUGCAGCCUCCUUCUGGGCACUGAGCGAGCACUGAGGAGCAUUUUAUCUCACUGUCAUUUGAUCCUGGAGGAAGAUGUUCGAUGGGAGGAAGAAGAAAGAGCUGGACAAAGCAGCUGCUCCAAUGCUGUGGCUGGUGAAUCCUCUGUAAACUGCUGCACAAGGAGCCAACAGAGCAGAGAGGAGUCCGACUCUGCUGCCCAGAGAGACAAUCAGCAGGCUGCUAACCUCACCAAUGAGGUGGACAGCCGCCACUCGGUGCAUCUAGAGUGCUGGUCCUGUAGCCCAGCGAGGAGGAAGGGCUGUGGAAGAGACCAGACCAUUCUGACCCCGCUGGCCAAUGACUGUGGACACGCCUACUGCUCCCUCCUCACCCUGGAGGCUGCACGAUCGGGAGAGAACAGAGAAUCAGGUCAGGGCACCUUCAGCCAGCCCAUAGGGAAAGGCACCACUGAGAUGGAGGCACCUCACAGGAACAACAACCUUGAGGACUUUGAGACAGACCCUGACGACAACUCGGCCUUUGACUACUCCUCUGUCACCUCCUGCAGCCCUGAUGGCACACUCCGCAGGGAGAUAAUGGGCAGCCCCAGUGGGGAGGAUGAAGAGGAGGACAGCCAGGUGCCGGUACUGUUAAAGCCCUCGUACAGACAGCAGCAGCAGCAGUCCAGAGAAGAGCCCAAAGAGAGGACUGUGUGUCUGAGGUGGCAGAUUCCCAGAUUAACACCUCAUCCUCCACUGAGAAACACCGCAGGGCCGUGUGUGAACGGUCCAACUCCGUGUCUCAUCAGCUCCUACGGGAAGAGACUGGUCAGCGUCAGGAAAGGGUCACCUCCUCUUCAUCCACAAAGUGCCUUCAGGCCCAUCUGGGAUGACCCGACCAUACAGGCUGAUUCUGCUCCAGAGAAAGACAAUAGACAAGGCUUCAUACCGAUUCAGGCGUCAGCAAGGGAGAGCUUUCAGAAUUUCAAUCCAAGCAGAGAAAAUCUGAGAUCAGGCCUGGCUCAGCAGAGAGGAAACCAUGCAGCAGUCAUGGGCAGUGGAGGAUUGUGGGAUGACAGUGAGGACAGCGAAGGACCCUGCAGCACUGUUUAACCCCUGCCGCCCUCCUCAGACACAAGUGAAACAUAACACAAAAAGUUACAACCAAAACUGUGACAAGAUCUUUAGUAACAUUACUGGUGUUUUAACUGUAAAUAUGAAGCUAAGCUACAGCUAGCCAGUUAGCUUUAGUCUGGACACAGAUAUUCUGGCUGUAGUAUAGUAUCAAAAUACACAUACCAGCUCCUCCAAAGCUCACCAAUGAACAUGUCUUUGUUUAAUUUGUACUAAGGUGCACUAUUUACACACAGUAGGCUACUCUUAGACUGAGGGUAGGUGCUUCCCUUGCUUUCAGUCUUUCUGCUAAGCUAAGCUAACAUGCUGGCUGUAGAGGUCAUGGUAAGUUUUCAAAAUAAAUAAAAGUAAUAUCAGUUUUCUCAUCUAACGCCGCAUCAGAAGGCAAACGCAUACAUUUCCAAAAAUGUAACUUGGGUCCAACGCCUGAGGGAAGCUGGAUUUAUGGCAACAUAAAAAAAAAACAAAAAAAAAAGAGAAACGAGUUGUUCAGUACAAAAUAAGACUGAGUGAUUUAUUAAUCUCAUCAAGACUAUUAAUACAAAGCAGUUAAAAGGCCACAUACCAUCAAAUAAACCAACUGCUGGAUCAAGCUGUUACAGUGCCACCGGAGGAAAAGCUGUUAUUCUGAAUGGGCUGGAAUUUAAGAAUUAAACCCAGAAAACAAAAAGGAAAAAUUAACCUCACCAAUACUGACUUGGGAAAUGGACAGAAUACGAGCGAAGACAUUGAAGUUAUCUGACUUCAGCUGUCCAUAAAAAAAAAUCCUAUCAACACUUCCCUUUCAUCUCUAGUUUGACCAGAGGUUUAAUCAUCCAUCAUCAGCUGCACAAAACGCAGUGAGGAGGACGAGGAGGAGCAGGGCUCUGUGUUUUCAGAGCAAAGAGUGAUUUUU